AUGGCUAAGCAUCAUCCCGAUUUGAUUUUCUGCAGAAAACAACCUGGCGUAGCUAUCGGUCGUUUAUGUGAAAAAUGUGAUGGUAAAUGUGUUAUUUGUGAUUCUUACGUGAGGCCCUGUACAUUAGUAAGAAUAUGCGAUGAGUGCAACUAUGGUUCUUACCAGGGCAGGUGCGUUAUUUGUGGAGGACCAGGAGUCUCUGACGCCUACUAUUGUAAAGAGUGUACAAUACAAGAAAAAGACAGGGAUGGGUGUCCUAAGAUUGUAAAUCUUGGUAGCUCUAAGACUGAUUUGUUCUAUGAAAGAAAGAAGUAUGGUUUUAAGAGACGUUAG